GCUUCCUCUCUACCGCUCUAGGGUUCUGCAUCUGUGGGAGAGCCAAGGAACUAGAACCCUCUACCAUGGCGACUCCUCCCGCCGCCGCCGCCGUGAUGCUCGGCGGCAAGGGCGCCACGCUGUCCCCGGCGGCGGUCUACGCGCUCUCGCUCGGCCUCGCCGACCCCGUCAUCGACGCCUCCGCUCUCCAAAGGCUCUCCACCCGCGCCCCCUCCCCGCAGGAGACCCCGGAAUCCCUCCGUGGCCUCGCUCUGGCGCCGCCCGAGUCCCGCGCCGCCGCGGCGGUGCUUCUCAACAAGCUCCUCGUCACGGCCGCCGACUCCUCCUCCGCACUCGUCACCGCCGCCACGGCCAACGGCCUCGCCGGGUCGCUCGACCUCGCCGCCGCGAUGCCCCCCGCCUCCCGUGACGAGGCCUCCGUCGCCGCCGCGUCCGCGCCGGUGGCUGUCGCUCUCGCCGCCGUGAUCGACUGCUGCGCCGCCCCGCUUGUUCGCGUCGCUGACGCCGUUGCCGCGCUGUCCUGCGAGGCCGCGCGUGGGGACGUUGCGGCGUUCGACGUUCCCGCCUCCGGCGAUGGCCUCUGUGACAAGGACGAGGCUGAUGUGGCCGCCGAUGUCAGGGUACUUCUAUUUGGGUCCAAGCUAGUCAGCAGCGGUGGAGGCCCCUCUGGGUCCUUGUUCGCCGAGGUGCCCGCCGUGAAUGGGGCUUUCCGUGAAGCAGUGCGUGCCCUGCACAAGAGGGUGCGGAUCGAGCUCAAUGCUCCAGUCAAGCUGGGGAAGAGGAGUACCGCUGGAACUGGUGAGGGGAAGGAGAAGGCUUUGAUGGUGGUCGCGACACAGCUUGCAAGAUCAGUGCAUGCAAUGUGCGAGCUGAGCGUUGCUCGAGCAAGGUUCUGUGCAGGGAGCAUUGCUGAUGCCAACCUCCAGGAGAAGCUUGUGGGAGGCAUUAAUGUUGAUGAUUUGAAGGGGAUGCUUGAUAAGGUUAUGGUCGAUUCAGAUGCUGUGUCGGUCUUGCGGGGGGUGAACAACCACUUGCUCAAGUUUAGGGACUUCCUUGCCUGGGAGGCAGCUGUGGCGAUGGCAGUGAUUGAAAUGGACAGUUCAAUUCAGAAGCCACAAGCUGGUGUGGAGAAUGAAACAGGCAGUUCACAGGAGAAGAAACAAGCUGGUGGGAAGGAAGGGAAGGGUGACAAAAAAAGCAAGAAGAAAACGUUGGGGAAGGGCACUUCUGAUGUACUGAUGCUUCUUAGGGAUCAUGCUACAGGGGGAAAGGAUGUUCCUUGCAUGAAUUCUGCACUAAUUGCAGAUUGGGGAAUCGAGCUCUCGAUCUUGUUUGAUCCCAAGUGUCCUAAACUGGAGUCUCUUGUGGAGAAAGUGAAGGGGAUUGUAGAGAGCAAUGAAACAGGGAGAUUGCCUAAAAUUCCCAAGGGAACACGUGACUUUGGGAAAGAGCAAAUGGCCAUAAGGGAGCGCGCAUUUUCAAUAAUAACAGGUGUAUUUAAGAUGCACGGUGCUGUUGCACUUGAUACACCUGUAUUUGAGUUGAGAGAGACUCUAAUGGGCAAAUAUGGUGAAGACUCAAAGUUGAUAUAUGACCUUGCUGAUCAGGGUGGUGAGCUUUGCUCUUUGCGGUAUGACCUAACUGUCCCAUUUGCCCGAUAUGUUGCAAUGAAUAACAUAAGUGCAUUGAAGAGAUACCAGAUAGCAAAAGUAUACAGGAGAGAUAACCCAUCAAAAGGAAGAUAUCGAGAAUUCUAUCAAUGUGACUUUGACAUUGCUGGGGUAUAUGAGCCAAUGGAGCCAGAUUUUGAGGUUAUCAAAGUUUUGACUGAAUUGCUGGAUAAGCUGGAUAUUGGCAUGUAUGAGAUAAAAUUAAAUCACAGAAAGUUGCUUGAUGGAAUGUUGGAGAUAUGUGGUGUGCCUCCUGAGAAGUUCAGAACAGUUUGCUCGAGUAUUGACAAGCUAGACAAACUAUCAUUCGAAGAGGUGAAAAAGGAACUGGUGGAAGAGAAGGGUAUAUCAAAUGAAACUGCUGAAAAAAUUGGCAAUCUGGUAAAGACAAGAGGACCACCACUAGAAGUUUUGCUAGAAUUGAGAAAGGAGGGUAGCAAGUUUCUGGAGAACAAUGGGUCUAUUGUUGCAUUGAAUGAGCUGGACAUAUUAUUCAAAGCUCUGGAAAAGGCAAAUGCGAUAGACAGGAUAAGUUUUGAUUUAAGCCUUGCUAGAGGCCUUGAUUACUAUUCUGGUGUGAUAUAUGAAGCUGUGUUCAAGGGUGCUACACAGGUCGGCUCUAUUGCGGCUGGUGGCAGGUAUGAUAACCUUGUUGGUAGUUUCAUCAAAGGGGAGAAGAAGCAAGUACCUGCUGUCGGCGUCAGUCUUGGAAUAGAAAGAGUCUUUGCGAUCAUGGAGCAACAACAACAAGAUAAAGAAAAGAAUCAGGUGAUCCGUGCCACUGAGACGGAGGUUUUGGUGUCGAUUCUUGGGAAGGACCUAAUAUUGGCUGCUGAACUUGUGAGCGAACUUUGGAGUGUUGGGAUAAAGGCAGAGUUCAAGCUCACUACAAGGGUGCAGAACCACAUAAAGUAUGCCAUGCAGUCAGGCAUCCCGUGGAUGGUGCUGGUUGGUGAGUCCGAGUUGAAGGAUGGAAAGGUGAAAUUGAAGGACAUCAGGGCCAACCAGGAAGAGGAGGUUCUAAGGAAGGAUUUUGUUCAGGUGCUGAAGCAGAGAUUAGCUAGCCCUUAGAGAUGACGUCUUAGGAAAAUGUGGAUCGUCUAUGUACUUUUGGAUACACUGGUCUCAGCUUCAUCCGUCGACUGCCAAUAUUGAGAUAUGAACUACAACAGAAGAUGAUCUUUGAUUUAUACCAGUUAUUUUUUGAAUUGGCUUUGCA